CAACAGAACCACCACCGACCGGCGCAACCCAACCGUCCUUGAACGGCAUCGGCAGGACCACGUCAUGAUCAAUCCGCCAAUUCCGCUGAGUUCGAUGGGAGACCGCCUCGCGUCCCUAAAGGUACCCGAGCUCAAAGGUCUGGCCAAGCAGAUGUCGUUGAGCAUCUCGGGGCGGAAGCAGGAACUCAUCGACCGCAUCGUCCAAAAGUGCUCGCAAUUCCACACGUUACAGUCGGCGGGGUCGUUGUCCGACACGCAAAGCCACUUCUACACGCAGCACAUGGUGAACGGGUACAGGGAGAUGGAACAAUUGCUCCUUGGAACCACCUCCAUGCAGCAGCCGUCGUCGACACCUGGGAACAUUCGCAUGAUGAAAGCUCCCGUCGCGAACGCACACCCGUCGAGUGUGUCAGCACCUGGAGGGUCCUGGGGGCCCUUGCACGCCACCAACGGCGGCGGCAUGGCGGUCAACGGAGCGGCCAUCCUGCAUCACGCGAACGCGUUCGCCAUGCGCGGCGGUCCUCCACCAGCGAUCGAAAUCACCGUCGGGUACGCGCCAGAGUUGAACAACGCGCGGUGUUUGUGUCCUGUCAAGGCGUCCCGCGGGUCAGGCGUGAGCACAUGCGCCAAGUGCGCCACCGCCGUGCACUCAAAGUGCCACCAGACCACCCAGAUGACAGACUCGUGGCACUGCGAAGCAUGUCGAGCCGUCGUGUUCGAGCCGUUUUUCCGCGUGCAGACGACGUUUGGGUUUCCCACGUUUCUCCGAUUCACAGCUAGCAACCGGCAGCAGAUUCAGUACGACAUUCCCCCCGACGACCUCGUCGCGAUGAAGCAGCGAAAGGGCACGCAACCUGGCUGCUUGGAACUGCAACUUCGGUGCUUUGCGAUGAAGGAUCCGCUGUCGGAAGGCCACUGCUGGCCCACUUGCUGUACGAUCCUGGUCAACGGCUACGCAUGUGCCCUCGUCCAGCGAGCUGUGCCAGGCCAAACCAACACAUCCAAAGUGCUGCGGGAACAGCCCUUGAACCUCCUUCCCAUGUCUCGGCACGGGACCAACACGAUCGACAUUCGGACUGCCGAUUCAUUACCGAACUUGUAUGUGUUUGUGAUCCAGCGCGUGGAAAAGCAAGAUUUGGACCACUUGCUCCAGCACGUUGUCGCACAGUCCGAGCUCAUCACGUACGCCCAAGCCAAAGCCGACGUGAUCAAGUCGUUUGGCGGCGACGACGACGACGAUAUUGUGGCCACAUGCACGAUGCUGUCGGUGCGGUGUCCGCUGGGGCUGUGCGUGAUCGACCUCCCGGCGCGGGGCAUCCACUGCCAGCACUUGCAGUGCUUUGACCUCAAGACGUUCCUCCUAUUCAACCGCACGGCGCGGUCCCGCGCAUGGAAGUGCAUCGUGUGCCACAAGUUCAUCGCGUUGGACGACCUCCGCAUCGAUCCGUACUUGAAGCAGCUGCUCGCGGACGUCCGGGACGACGAAGAGCUGGAAGAAGUCGAAAUCUUUCCGGAUGCGACGUGGCGAAAGCGGGUGACUGAGGACGACCCCAGUGACAAGAAGCCCAAGCCAGCGACCGACGACAAGCUCCUGCUGGACAUCAUCCCCAUCGACGUGUUGGGCUCCCCCAGGCCCGCCGCCGCCGCCUCCGUGCCGCUCGACUCGAUCGACUUGACGCUGUCGUCGGACGACGAGGACGAAGUCCGCCCCCUCGCGGACCUCCUCCACCCUGCCCCCCCUUCCUCUUCUUCUUCGAUGCCCCAUGUGCUGUGGAAUGCCGCGUCCACGUGGACGACGACGCCCGCGCAACCGCAGUGGUCGAACGCGUCGGCGUUUGGCGGGAUGCUCGACGUCACGUACGACGACCCGUGGGCAUCCCCCCCUCCUCCUGCUCUGGCCGCCGCCGCCGCCCCUGGGGGCUUUGCAGGGUUUUCUGCCCCCACGACCUCGUCCGCCCCCCGCCUCCCAUCCCUGGCAGCCCAAGCCCCCACCAACCCUUCGUCCUCCCUCCACCCAUCGUCGUCGUUUUCAUCAACCCCCGGCUUUGCGCAGUAUUAUACGAAUGGCGGCGGCGGGUUUGACAAGGACUCGACGCCUCCGCCCCUAGGCGACGCAUGGCACCAGGGGGCGGCAAAGGCACGGAAACGGCUGCAUCGGGGCGACCAAGUGCUUCCACCUGCGUCGUUCCCCCAACCCCCCAACCCCCAGACACACACGGCCCGCAGUCACGGGUUUACGAGUAGUUCGAGUAGUUCUAGUAACGGCGGCGGUCCCCCCAAGUCGGCCAUGUCGAUGGCCAACGUCAUCUACCUUGACGACGACAGCGAAUAGUAUGAUAUAUAUAUAUCUCCCCCAACACUCCUCUGUGUGACGUGCGUGGUGGUCGAAUGGUAUAUAUAUAUAUAUAUAAUAUAUAUAUAGAU